AUGUAUUUAACCACCACACUCGCUCCGGCCCCCACCACCUCAAACUUCUCUUCGCUUCAAACUAUAAAUUUACAGAGAAAACCACUUCCACCAAUUCCACAGAGACAAGUGCAUCAACAACAAACACAAUAUAAUAAUAUACAGCGAUUAGAUCAACAACAUUAUACUUCAAGGGCUCAACAGCAACAGAAAUCCACGAUGCAAUAUUACACAGAACAGCCACCACCACCUCCUCAAAAGUCUAAUAAUCAUAACAUAACCAAGAAUCCUUCGAUAAUAUCUCAAGAGGUUUCGUUACUGGAGCAAGUACCUGUGGAGCGCGCGACAGAAUUCGCCUCUCAUAUGACUUGCUUCCUGUGGUUCGGUGAUUACUUGAUGGAUCCUCACACUCCCUCAAUAAUAGCUCCACCACCACCCCCAGGUGGGAAUGGUCACAGGAGGUACGCUGAAUACAAACCAAGGGACGCGUUUAAAAAGUUUUGUAAAGACGUUAUCUCUGCCACUCAAGUCUCCCAUUCCGUGAUCCUCUUAUCCCUACUUUACAUUCAUCGAAUGAAGAUCAAUAAUCCCACAAUCAAGGGUCAGAGUGGUUCCGAGUACAGGACAUUCACCGUCGCUCUCAUGUUGGCAAACAAAUUUUUGGAUGAUAACACCUAUACAAACAAAACAUGGUCUGAAGUUACAAACAUUCCGGUUUCAGAGAUUAAUACGAUGGAGAUGGAAUUCUUGAGUUCGUUGGAUUACGAGUUGUACGUUUCCGAACAACAAUAUUUUGAAUGGUUGCGAAAGAUGGACUCUUUCAUCGCGUCAGGCGAAAACGAUGAUAACUCGCCCGAUUGUGCCAUGAUUGUACCACAGCAAGUCCAAUAUUCACAAUCAUAUUUAUCUGCCGAACAGGCUUUUGACGGGAUCAUGGUAUCACCGCCGAAAAGGACCAGUUUAUAUCCAGUUUACACGAGCGUUCCGGCUUCACAACAAUUGGUUGUUCAAUCAUCACAACCACAAUAUACUCAAACGAUCGCGUACCCAACCCCACCAUCGAGCUCCGGUGCCACUCAACAAGUUACUUAUUAUAAUCUCCCAACGACCACCUCAAAUUCAUCGUCCGUGAUGUACACAACCAGUCAUUCUUCGCGAAGGCAGCAACCUCAGCAGGCGAAUUAUGAUGUUCGCUCUUCAUAUUCAACAAGUGUUCCCGUGAGAACUUCUCAAGCUCAAUACACAACUUUCAUAAAUCCGAUGGUGUACAUCACCGCUAGACGAAUGCAAUCAAAUCUCAUCAACUCAAGACCGGGAUCUUCUGGUUUCCCAAUUAAUAAUUUGUCAUUUCCAACUACCGUAGUGUAA